CGCUGCGUCUGUGUCUGUGGGUGAAGCGCGGAGCAUCUGCGCCACCUGGUGCAUGACGGGUGGCUUGCGUCUGCGCAGGUGGCGCGUGCUGCGCGCGCAGCCGGAGGGCGCGGAGCAGCUGCGCCACCUGGAGUCGCUGGUGCGCGCGCUGGGCGCGGAAGGCGCGUCGCAGCUGUGGCGCUGGCGGCCGGCGACGGACGUGCUGGUGCGCGGGGACGUGGCGGACGCGGUGAUGCGCUUCCUGGGCGCACGUGGCAUCGCGGCCAACGUGCACGUGGCGGACGUCGGCGCGGAGAUCCGGCGGGAGCGCAGCGCGGACGCGCAGCGGAGGGGCCCCAGGCCGCAUGACGUGCUGCGCAGCUACCUGCGCUACGACGAGAUGAACGAGUUCAUGGAUGACCUGCAACGACGCUUCCCGCAUCUUGCCACGGUGGCCACGUUCGGGCGGAGCUACGAAGGUCGGGACAUGAAGGUGAUGCAGAUCUCGUCGGGGGGCGGCGGCCAGCGGCCGGUCAUCCUCAUCGACGCCGGCAUCCACGCGCGCGAGUGGAUCGCGCCCGCCAUGGCCCUCUACAUCAUCCAGCAGCUGGUGGAGAACCCGUCCAACGCAGACCUCAUCGCCAACGUCGACUGGCACGUCAUCCCGCUGCUCAACCCCGACGGCUACGAGUACUCCCACACCACGGACCGCAUGUGGAGGAAGACGCGCUCGGUGACGGACGUCCCUGAGUGCUUCGGCGCAGACCCCAACCGCAACUUCGACUUCUACUGGGGCGUGGUGGGGGUGAGCUGGGACCCCUGCAAGGAGACGUACGCAGGCCACGAGCCCUUCUCCGAGGCCGAGUCGGAGGCGCUGGCGAUGUACGGCCUCAGCCUGCGGGGGCGGCUGCGCCUCUACGUCGCCAUUCACAGCUACGGCGGGGUGGCGCUGGGGCAGGAGGUGGCGGGCGCCAUCCGGCGCGCGGGCAUCCCGCGCUUCGACGUCGGCAACUGUUUCGAGAUGCUCGGUGAGUGCACGCACCCGCGCUUCCCUGCGUACGUCCAAAUGGAUGAAAGACGUGUCUUGUCUCAGGGUGUGCGAGUGUUGUGCUUGGUGUUGGAGCAGGCGGCGCGGCAGACGACGACCUGGCGAUGA